AUGGCUAGUUCACUACGGGUAAGAGUCCUCUUCGCCAUUUUGUCUUUCCCAUUCGAAGUGAAAAGAGACGUUUUAUGUUCCCAGAACAAGAAGGAGGUGACUUUGUGUGUGUCUGAGUUUAACCAAGACAAGGAAUGUAAUGUAACAGCUGAAUUUGGGAAGGAAAUAAAAGUGUACUGUCCUAUAUACUCAGAACAAAAUAAUAACGGAGAAGUUGUACGCCUGAACGGACAUGAAAUAGAUAACAGCAACACCUGUUUUGAUAAAAUGAAAUCAAAUGAUGCCUCCAACAGAAAUGUAAUAAAAAGAUUGGAAGAGUAUGUCCAAAAUUUAAUUAUACAGACAAAUGAUAAGGACAAUACGCAUUAUUUCUACGUGCCUCACACCAUGACCACUGGAUUGUCCCUCUCUUGUAAUUGCAUUGACAGGUCCAAGAACAAGGCUUACAUGUUAAACCUCCAAAUAGCCAAAAACGAUAAAAAAAAUGUUAAGGGUUGUAAUUUUUACUAUGCGGAUGAGAAAGGAGAGCAAAAGGAACAUUCCAUAGAAAAAAAUGUCAAUAUAAAGUAUAAAAAAGUGUGCACUGUGGAUGUCCAUACGAAUGAUGUUGUCUCCUUUAGGUGCCAAGCUCACAACAGGUACAGCAACGUCAUUGUUAAUCCUUCCCUUUGCUUUAACGAAGUUUCAAAUGAGAAUAAUCAGAAGGUGCAAAUUUCUGGGGUACUUAGUGGAGCUAAGGUUAUACCCAGACUAAGCACGUACGUCCAUGAUUCUAUGAGGCCCAGAUUUUUGUCUUACCUUGUGGCUCCCCCUCAAAUAAACGAGGCCCUAAAGGUGAAAUGCAGCUGCUCCAUUACAGACAAUGUGCUGGACAUCUCCUACAUAGGAACCCUCUGGUUGAAUUUUAUAAAAACGGAUAAGCUUCACCCCGUCAAGGAGGAAGCUGAUGCCGAAAAUAAAAACCCGUGGAGGAACAGCAUAAAUGAAAGCGAGGCGGAGAACGGCGAGAACAGAAACAAUUUGGCACCGCGGGAGGAUGAGAAGGACGCCAUGUCCUCUUCCGUGCUGAUUGGGCUCUCGACCGUGUUGCUCCUCUGUUUGUUUUAG